GGAGUGAGUGCGCAGGCGCCGUUGCAGCUGGACAGGGCGGACCGCGGGCCACGUGCAACCACCCCGCCCUCCAGCUACUCCACCAUGAGUUCCUGCGGGGCUGUGGGUUCUGUGCGUGCGCGAUACCUUGUGUUCUUCCAGUACUUGGGCACUGACUUCAAUGGGGUCGCGGCCGUGAGGGGUAACCAUCGCGCUGUUGGGGUGCAGAACUUCCUGGAGGAGGCCGCCAAGAGGCUGAACUCGGUCGAGCCCAUCAGGUUUACUAUCUCCAGCCGCACUGAUGCCGGAGUGCACGCCCUGAGCAACGCGGCACACCUGGACAUCCAUCGCCGCUCAGGCCUGCCGCCUUACUCCCCAGAGGUCGUGGCCCAGGCCCUCAACACCCACCUGAGGCACCGGGCCAUUCGCGUACUGAAGGCCUUCCGAGUGCCCAAUGACUUCCAUGCUCGCCAUGCAGCCACCUCCAGAACCUACCUAUACCGUCUGGCCACAGGCUGCCCCUGGCCUGAUCAGCUGCCUGUGUUUGAACAAAAUGUAUGCUGGGCUCUUCAGACAACGUGCCUGGAUGUGGCUGCCAUGCAGGAGGCUGCCCAGCACCUCCUGGGGACACAUGAUUUCAGUGCUUUCCAGUCUGCUGGCAGCCCAGCCACAAAUACUGUGCGCACUCUACGAAGAGUCUCUGUGUCUUCUGGUCCAGCCAGUCCAUUUGUCCUCCCUCAGGAGAGCAGGAGGCUGCAGUUCUGGACGUUGGAGUUUGAAAGCCAGUCUUUCCUAUAUCGACAGGUAGGCUAUACCUGUGACCAUCUCAGCUCUCUGCUGCAGGUACGGAGGAUGACAGCUGUGCUGGUAGCUGUGGGGCAAGGGACUCUGACACCCACACAGGUGAAAGCAAUUCUGGAGAGUCAAGAUCCUCUGGGCAAGUAUCAGGCUCGAGUUGCCCCAGCCCGUGGCCUGUUCUUGAAGUCAGUGUUAUAUGAUGACUUUGGUAAGAGGGGAUGGGAUAGGAAAGAGCUGGGUCCUCACUGAGGGGAGGGGGCUUUUGGAGACAGUCAAACCCCCCAUUGUACUAGGUGAGAAUCUAAGCACUGUCAGUGGGGAAAAGGACUUCAGUUAGGGAUCAGUGAUCAAAAAGCAUGGUGGCAUGGAUUGAGUGGGUUCACAGGGUCAGAUUUUAGGGGUAAGUGGGGUUUCUGGAUACAACUGUAGGAGUUCUACUCUGACUUAGGGUCUAUCCAUAGGUCCUACAUCCUGAGCCCUGUAAGGUCCAAUGUGGAAACCCAGCUGACUGUACACUCUGGAAGUGAAGAACCAUACAGCAUACUAAGUCUGGC